AUGGAGCCCGGCGGGGACCACCGGAGCCGGAGCGGCGGCGGCAGGGGCGGCCCCGGGCCAGCAGCGGCCUCGGCACGGGGCCGACGGCUGCCGCCCGCGGGAUCGAGCGGCGGCGCGGACCCCGAGGACGACGACGGAGGGCCAGAUCUUCAGCUGGAAGGGGGUGCCUUGGGGUCCUGGGGAAGUGCCCCCCUGCCCUCCUCCAGGGCCAGGGGACCAGCAUCUUCAGGCAGGAAAUACUCAGACCACUGUGAGGCCCGGGCGUCCAGGCCCGGCAAGAGCCGCAUCCCCGGCCGUGACCACCGGCGCUACUACCACGACCACUGGCGGCUGGAGUACCUGAUGGACUUCAACCCGGCCCGGCACGGCAUGGUGUGCAUGGUGUGCGGCAGCUCGCUGGCCACGCUCAAGCUCAGCACCAUCAAGCGGCACAUCCGCCAAAAGCACCCCUACUCCCUGCAUUGGAGUCCGCGGGAGAAGGAAGUCAUCAGCAACAGCUGGGAUGCCCACUUGGGGCUGGGGGCCUGUGGAGAGGCCGAGGGCCUGGGGGCCCAGGGGGCUGAGGAGGAGGAGGAGGAAGAAGAAGAAGAGGAAGAGGAGGGGGCUCACCUCCAAGCUUGCCCGCCCAAGGGCCCAGGCAAAACCCCAGCUGGUGGGGGUGGCCGGCGCCAACGGCGAGGGGGCCCAGUGGCACCCCCGGCUCGGCCUCGGUGCCUCUCCGCCUCCCGGAGGGCUGGGGGCAGCAGGGGGCAGGGUGCCCGGCGCCUGGAGCGGAGGCUGAAGGAGUCCCUGCAGAACUGGUUCCGGGCAGAGUGUCUCAUGGACUAUGACCCGCGGGGGAACCGGCUGGUGUGCAUGGCCUGUGGCCGGGCACUGCCCAGCCUGCACCUGGACGACAUCCGGGCCCACGUGCUGGAGGUGCACCCCAGCUCCUUGGGGCUCAGCGGCCCCCAGCGCAGCGCCCUGCUGCAGGCCUGGGGGGGCCAGUCCGAGGCACUGUCUGAGCUCACCCAGUCCCCACCAGACGAGGACCUCGCCCCCCAGGACCUGACCAGAAAGAGCCACGACUCGGCCCCCGCUGCGGGAGCCCCCUCCUCUCGGGAUCUCAGCCCCCCAGACGUAAAGGAAGAGGCUGGCGGGGUCCCUGAGAGGCCCGGGCCCGCAGAGGCGGAGGAGGAGCUGGAGGGCCCGAGGGGGGGCCGGGGCCGCGCCCCCCGCCGCUCCCGCGAGCGCUGGCGGCUGGAGUACCUGCUGGAGCUGGACGGCGGCGCGCGCGGGCGGGUGUGCGGGGCGUGCGGGGGCGCGCUGGCCUCGCUCCGCGCCCGCCCCGUCCAGCGGCCCGUCCGCCGGCGCCCCCCGGGUUCCGCGCGCCCCGGCGGCCCGCUCCGGGCCCUCGUCGCCCGGGAGUGGAGCGAGAAGGCCGGCCAGCUGCCGGCGCUGGGGCGGCCCGGCCCCGCGCCCCCCGGGAACCCCGCCGGCCCCCGCACAGCCGCCGCCUCCGAGGCGGGGGGCGGGGCGGCGGCGGCGCCGGAGGAGCCGUGGCGGGGCGACGCCCCGCCGUCCCCCGGGGAGCCGUCGGAGCGGCCGGCGGAGGACGACGACGAGGACGAGGACGCGCCCGAGCCGGGGGGCCUCGCCUUCCCGCCGCCGCCGCCGCCCCCGCCCCCGCCCCCGCCCCCGCCGCGCAGCCGCGAGCAGCGGCGGAACUACCAGCCGCGCUGGCGGGGCGAGUACCUGAUGGACUACGACGGCAGCCGGCGCGGGCUGGUGUGCAUGGUGUGCGGGGGCGCGCUGGCCACGCUCAAGGUGAGCACCAUCAAGCGGCACAUCCUGCAGGUGCACCCCUUCUCUAUGGACUUCACGCCCGAGGAGCGCCAGACCAUCCUGGAGGCCUACGAGGAGGCGGCGCUGCGCUGCUACGGCCACGAGGGCUUCGGGCCGCCCGCGCCGGCGCCCCGCGACGGCGGCGCGGACCUCAAGGCGGGCGCCGUGUGCCGCGCGUAG